AUGGCAGACGCGAAAGAAACGGUGGUCGACACCGAUACACAACUCGUUCCUAAAUCUCACUCGGACCUGGCCGCGAGCACGCACGGCCCCGAAGCGCGUCCUGAUAAUUGGAUGUACCGAGGAUUUCAACUCGGCAAGAAGGAAUUCUGGUAUGCCUCACCAAAGAUUCAGCUUUUGAUGGUUGCUUUUGUCUGUUUUCUGUGUCCUGGAAUGUACAAUGCACUCCAAGGUCUCGGUGGUGGUGGACAAGUCGACUCCACCGUUCAGGAUCACGCUUCUACCGCUCUUUACUCCGUUUUCGCUGUGGUCGCCUUCUUUUCCGGCUCCAUUGCCAAUAAACUCGGUGUUAAGAUUACUCUAGCCAUCGGUGGUAUCGGUUACUGCAUUUACUCGGCUAGCUUGUUGUGCUACAGCCACACCGCCAAUGUUGGCUUCGUCGUCUUCUCUGGUGCCCUGUUGGGUCUUUGCGCAGGCUUGCUGUGGACCGCACAAGGUACCAUCAUGAUGUCUUAUCCUCCCGAGGAGUCCAAAGGUCGAUAUAUCAGUUGGUUCUGGAUCAUAUUCAACCUUGGCGCUGUUAUUGGUAGCUUGAUUCCUCUCGGGCAGAACGUCAGCAACAACACCGGAACCGUCACAGAUGGCACGUAUGUUGGUUUCAUCGUUCUGAUGUUUGUCGGAGCCUGUCUUGCUACCGUUCUCGUCAAUGGAGACAAGGUUAUUCGUGAAGAUGGAUCUAAGGUUAUUCUGAUGAAGAACCCUACGUGGCAGAGCGAACUCAUUGGACUAUGGGAGUGUAUCUCCCUCAGCCCUUGGGUUGUUGCUCUAUUCCCCAUGUUCUUCGCUUCCAAUAUAUUCUACACCUACCAGCAGAACGUUCUCAACCUUGCCUACUUCAACACUCGUGCUCGUUCAUUGAACAACCUUCUGUACUGGCUCGCCCAGAUUUUCGGCGCUAUUAUUGUCGGAUACACUCUUGAUAUCUCCUCGAUUCGACGAUCCACGCGUGCUAAGCUCUCAUUUGUGGCACUCUUUUCCCUCACAUUCAUCAUCUGGGGUGGUGGCUACGCGUGGCAAAAAGACCGGCUUAACCGAGCAGAUUCUGGUAGAGUACCUGACGAGCAGAAAAUUAACUGGACGGACAAGAACUUCCUCGCACCUAUGUUCCUUUACAUAUUCUACGGAGUAUAUGACUCUGUGUGGCAAACAUCCAUCUACUGGUACAUGGGCGCUCUCUCAAACUCUGGCCGAAAGACUGCAAACAUGGCCGGAUUCUACAAGGGUCUGCAAUCCGCUGGCGCAGCCAUCUUCUGGCGUCUAGAUGGCAUUCACACCGAGUACAACACCCUCUUCGCCGCUACUUGGGGUGUUUGUGCUGGAUCACUCCUGAUCGCUGCCCCAAUUAUCUUCACGAAAAUUAAGGACACUACAGAGCUCGACGAGGAUCUCAAGUUCAGCGACGAGACCGCUGCGGAUGUUGUACCACCCGCAGCCCCUGCUGCCGAAGAGAAGCACACUGAAGUCUAA